AUGGCGCAUCCACAGAACCUUGAUUUUGCCCACAGCCAGUUGAGGAGGCAAUCGAUGAACGCUCCGGCCCGCAUGAAAUUUGGCGUGUUUAUGGCUCCGUUCCACCGCGUCGGCGAGAACCCUACGCUGGCCCUCGAGCGCGACCUCGAACUCCUGCAAUGGUUGGAUCACCUGGGCUACGACGAAGCCUGGAUCGGUGAGCACCACAGCGCCGGGUGGGAAACCAUCGCCUCGCCCGAAGUGUUCAUGGCCACCGCGGCCGAACGUACCCGGAACCUCCGCCUGGGUACCGGCGUCAUCAGUCUCCCAUAUCAUCAUCCCUACAUGGUGGCCAACCGCAUGGUCCUCCUGGACCACCUCACCCGGGGGCGCGUGAUGCUGGGUGUGGGACCUGGCGCCCUCGCCUCCGAUGCCUACAUGUUUGGUAUCAAUCCGGCCCGGCAGCGCGAGAUGAUGGACGAGUCCCUGGGGGCCAUCAAGCGCCUGAUGGACAGCGACGAACCGUACACCUACAAGAGCGACUGGUUCGAGUUGAACGAUGCCCAUCUGCAGUUGCGUCCCUAUCAGCAGCCCUUCCCGCUGGUCGUCGCGUCGGUCCAGUCACCGGCCGGAGUGACCACGGCCGGCAAGCACGGGGCCGGGGUCAUCUCCCUCAGCGUGCCCCGGGACAUGGUGCGGUCCACCAGCCUGAAGGACCAGUGGGCCAUCGCGGAGGAGACGGCUGCCGAGCACGGGCAAACCGUGAAGCGCGAGGAGUGGCGCCUGUCAGUUGGCGUGCACUUGGCCGACUCGAAGAAGCAGGCCCAGGAGGACAUCCGCGAAGGUUCCGCUCGCGUGGUCACCGAGUAUUUCGGCAACACCCUCGGCCACGAGGUUCCGGAUGUCCCGCGCGACCAGAUCGUCGACUUCAUGACCGACAACAAGCAGUGGAUCGUCGGAACGCCGGACGACUGCAUCCAGCGUAUCAACGAGCUGCAGGAGAUGUCCGGCGGGUUCGGCGGCAUGCUGGUUCGGGCGGAGGACUGGGCUCCCCGAGACAAGCUCCAUCGUUCUUACGAACUCCUGGCACGUUACGUGAUGCCCCAGUUCCAGGGAAGCCUUUCGGGAAUCAAAACCUCCCAGCAGUGGGCGUCCGACCUCAAGGACACCCUGCAGGUCAAUCGUCGCGCCGGCCUCGAACGCGCCAGCCAGGCCUACGAGGAAAGCCGCCAGCGCAGUUGA